CUCUGUCAUCCUGGCUCUCCUCCGGUCCCCGGUGCACCAUUCCAGAAGAGAACGGUUAAACAAGGAAAAAAAGAGCACGAGAAUAACCGAACACAGUUUAUUAGCUGUAAUCUGAAAUAAAUCACAGCGUCAGAUCAGUGUACCGUGGAGAGUAAGAGAGAGAGACAGGAGGCGGGGCGGGGUUUAAGGAGUUUUACAUUGCUUCCUACUUCAGCUUACUGGUGUAUGUGUGUGUGCGUGUAGAUGUGCGACAGCGGUGUGUGUGAGGACAAGCCCCCCGCCCCCCCUGUCAGAAUGAGCAGCCAAGGAGGUGGAGCCAAGGACCCAGUGUCAGCCAAUUACAACUCUCGGUCCCUGCCCUCUGUACCUGAGGAGAAACAAAAGCGAAACAAAAUCAUCUCCAUGUUCGCCUCAGAGAAAGGAGGCAGAAAGAAGGACCGUGAUAAGGACAAUCGACCGGAGAUCUCCUCUCCAUCAGACUUUGAACACACCAUCCAUGUGGGCUUUGAUGCCGUCACAGGAGAGUUCACAGGCAUGCCAGAGCAGUGGUCUAAGCUGCUCCAGACAUCCAACAUCAGUAAGUCAGAGCAAAAGCAGAAUCCUCAGGCUGUUCUGGACAUUCUGAAAUUCUACGACUCCUCCACCGCCAGACAGAAAUACCUCUCCUUCUCAGAAAAAGAUGCACAGUCGCCAGGAAAACAGGGUGCUGCGUCUUCUCCGUUAAGUGGUAAGGGCGGUGAUGAUGACGAUGAUGGUGAUGAAGCCCCACCGCCCAUUGUGGCGCCACGGCCGGAGCACACCAAAUCAGUGUACACCAGGUCUGUCAUCGACCCACUUCCCCCGCCUCCAGAGGUUGACUCCGCCUCCAACAGGAACAAGAAGAAGCAGCAGGGCAAGAUGACCGACGAGGAAAUCAUGGAGAAACUACGAACCAUUGUCAGUAUUGGAGAUCCUAAGAAGAAGUACACCCGCUACGAGAAGAUUGGGCAGGGAGCGUCUGGUACUGUCUUCACAGCCAUCGAUGUUGCCACUGGGGCAGAGGUAGCUAUUAAACAGAUCAAUCUCCAGAAACAGCCAAAGAAGGAGUUGAUUAUCAAUGAAAUCCUGGUGAUGAAGGAGUUACAACAACCUAACAUUGUCAACUUCGUGGACAGUUUCCUGGUAGGGGAGGAACUGUUUGUGGUGAUGGAGUAUCUGGCCGGAGGUUCGCUAACGGACGUUGUCACGGAGACAUGCAUGGACGAGGCUCAGAUCGCCGCUGUGUGCCGAGAGUGUCUGCAGGCUCUGGAGUUCCUUCAUGCCAACCAGGUGAUCCACAGAGACAUCAAGAGUGACAACGUGCUGCUGGGAAUGGACGGAUCUGUCAAGCUCACGGACUUUGGGUUCUGUGCGCAGAUCACUCCCGAGCAGAGCAAGAGGAGCACCAUGGUGGGGACUCCCUAUUGGAUGGCUCCGGAGGUGGUGACCCGCAAGGCCUACGGGCCAAAAGUGGACAUCUGGUCUCUGGGCAUCAUGGCCAUUGAGAUGGUGGAGGGAGAACCCCCUUACCUCAACGAGAACCCUCUCAGGGCUCUGUACCUCAUUGCCACGAACGGGACUCCAGAGUUACAGUCACCUGAGAAGCUGUCUCCGGUGUUCAGAUCUUUCCUGUCUCGCUGUCUGGAGAUGGACGUGGAGAAGAGAGGAGGGGGCAGAGAACUGCUUCAGCAUCCAUUCCUGAAGCUGGCCAAGCCCCUCUCCAGCCUCACACCUCUCAUCCUGGCAGCCAAGGAGGCCAUGAAGAGCAACCGCUAGCCCUGUUAGCCACAGAUACACUGGAUUACAAUGUCUCUGUGCUAGCCUGACCGCUACGUGUUAACUACUAGCUUAACCAGCUAAUUUCUAGCCCCACUGUGCCAACUCCCCAGUGCCUCUUUGUAACUGAUGGCAUUGUCUUCUUGAUGCUAAAUGCUAGCCUGCUAGCCCUCAGGCUUGUACACCAUCCAUGUCGGCCACCUGCUCUGUUUUUCUCCCAAUGUCCCUCACCCCUCCCCAUGUCCCUCACCCCUCCCCAUGUCCCUCACCCGUCCCCAUGUCCCUCACCCCUCCCCAUUUUCCUCUUCAUGUUCUUUCCCCUCAAUGUUUCUCACCAUUUUUUCUCAGUCAGAUGUGAGGUGUUCUGGUUCUGUCUGUCUCUGUGCCUGCUACCUGUUUUCUUUCUCUUUCUCUUCAAGACACUUAAAUGUGCAAUCUGUCACUUUUAGGUCCAACAAAUUGUUCAUUUCAAGUCAAUCAGUGUUGCAGUAUACCUGCAAAUAAAACUACAGGUUGCAUUUUUAACUAAAUAAAAAAAUCUUGGAUUUGAA